AUGACCGGUGUCGGAAGAGCGAUCAAGUCAAGGAAACUGACUCCAAAGUUCAUUGGACUGUAUCAGAUUACGGAGCAUGUUGGACCGGUGGCGUAUAGGAUUGCACUACCGCCAUUCCUUUCCAACAUUCACGAUGUGUUGCACGUGUCGCAACUGCGAAAGUAUAUGGCCGAUGAUUCUCAUGUGAUUGAACCUGAUGAUAUACAGCUGAAGGACGAUCUAACGAUGGAGAUGCCACCCAUCAAGAUUGUCGACAAGAGUACUAAGCGCUUGAGGAACAAGGAGGUGUCCUUGGUGAAGGUGAUUUGGAAUCAAGCAACAGGCAACACCACAUGGGAGUUAGAGGAUAAGAUGCGAGAAUCACAUCCUGAUUUGUUUGUAGAACCUUGA